UGCUUGUUUUCCAUGGCCAUGACUCUCUCUUCGGUACAACACCAAAACGCAAUGACCGAACGAAAAUUCCUCCCCGUUCCGUUUUGCUCCGAUCCUGAAACUUCUCAAAUAUCCGAAACGUUUCGGUUCCUGACCGACGCUUCCUCGUUCUCUACGCCUCCUUUUGGGGCUCAGUACCCUUUCUCUUCAGGUUUCUCCAUUAACCAUGUUAUUAGCUCAACGUGUUGCCGUCCUGUUUCGGCCGAUUUCUCGACUGUUCUUUCACAGUCUUGCAUAAGUGAGAGAAUCCCACCGGAGGUUAACAAGAAAGGAACUGACGUCCAAACCGAAACGCCGCCGGUUCUUGAUGGAAUAGCUGCUGUUGUUGGCCAACAUGUUCUGUUCGGAACUAAUGCUACCGUAAAUGUUAGAAACCCUGAACCUUCCAUUUCUCAACGUACUGGGUCGAAGACCAACCAUGAAGAUGACAGCCAGCGAAAAGACAAUGUUAUGCCGUUGCAAAGGACGUAUAGAGGCGUGAGAAAGAGGCCAUGGGGAAGGUGGUCAGCAGAGAUACGUGACCGAAUAGGGCGGUGCCGCCACUGGUUGGGAACGUUCGACACAGCAGAAGAGGCAGCGCGUGCAUAUGACGCGGCGGCGAGGAGACUCAGAGGUGCAAAAGCCAGGACAAAUUUCGAAAUUCCUUCUGUGCUGCCCAUUCCGUCGCCAACUUCUUCUGGGUCAUCCACAGAGGUGAGAAAGAGAAACAACAAGACCAACAAUGGCACAGGAAGAAAGUGUGCAGUGGUGACUUCCGUGGCUCAUUUAUUCAGUGAUAUCAGCAACAGCAAUAUUGGUUAUCAAGGGAAAGAAAAUGGUACCGUGAAUAAUAACAAUGUAGAGCUGGAGUUGAAGCUGGGGAUGGGAAUUGGCAGCAAUGGAAACCGGAGCUCUCCUCCAUAUAUGGUUGCUUAGUAUUUAUUUCUCUGUUGUUUUAGGUCCAAAUUAGGUUUAAGCAUAACAUCAGUCAUGCGUCUGUAUUUUGGCAAACCGAAGCUUAUGUAGUAAUGAUUAGUAAAAAUACCUUAUAUUUAACUCUUGUCUAUAUCUCUGCCUGAACAGCUAAUUAAGGUUAAUUUGAUGUUUUAGUAAAGACCAUAUAUUUCCUCGUUUUGCAGAAAUGGCUAUAAAGAACCCUUUUAGGCUUUGCAAAGAUCUGAGACACUGCAAGCCUAGCAGUGGGGGUUUAGCUAUGAAGUCAAUAGAGAAGGAAGAUUAUAAAUAUAGCAAAGUACAAAGAAAAAUUAGGGAGGCAGGAAUAGUGGGGUAAGGUUAAAAAGGUCGCCCAUGAAACACGCGGCCGGCGAGGGAUCAGUAAUGAUGAUAGGCAGUGAAGAUGUGUGAUAAUAAAGGGGGGAUUAAGCUUCUAGAAGAAAUGAUUUAGGUGUUAUUAUGAUACAGCCACAGGUGCGUCGUCAGUGACAGCAGUAAUGAAGAUAUGCGUACAGAGGGAGUCCUUUAGAAUGAUUGAAAGCCUACGCUUACUGAUUUUGUUUUGAAUUGUUUAAUUUGUUUCUCUGGCGAUCGGACCUGACUUGUGUGGGGAAGGAAAAUAUUAACACCCGGUUGGUUUUUACCCUCAGACUCCAUCUCCCUGUAGCUUUUGCUUUUUAAUUGACCCAGUAUUUAGUAAAACGCAAAAUUCUUGUGCCUAGAUUUCCUUUUUCUCCUGAGAUUCUUGGUCCCAGAUUGAAGAUUGGCUGUGUGCACCGAGUAUUCUGAC